GCAGGCCCCCCACCCUGUGGCCCGGGCGCCUGCGCAGACCAGUUGCCCGCCCAGUUCUGGAGCUCGCGCGCCCAAACCUUGCCUCGCGUCAUUUCGCUUCACCUCACCUCACUUCGCCUCGCGUCUUCGCCUCGCCGAGCGUCGCGUCUUCGCCUCAGCCGAGAGUCAUGCCGCGCCUGCCGGUUGUCUGCCUACUUCCCCGCCGCCGCGUGACCCUGCUGGUCCUGCAGCCUGGCCAGCGCCUGGUGCACUCGGCACCUCCGCGCCAGCGCCCCGCGUCGACCAUCGCGGUGGCUAUUGCCCUCGUGGUGCUUUUUACCGCCUUCUUCACCCCCAGUGGGUAUGUGCUGAGCAAUAUGAACCAGUUCUGAAGACGGUAGUGGGAGAAGAUGUAGAGCAGCUGUUAACGUCCAACAAACUUUCAGAAAACGCUGUGGCUUCUUUAAAUGAGUAAAAGUGCUUAGUUGGGUUGAUGAUGCAACCGCUGUGGGUAUUCACUUUCAUAACCACAUGCUUAUGGUAAAUAUUUUGCACUUUUUUUGUACUGUGCAUUAUAGAAAGUUGUAUAGUCAAUUAAAAAUGUUAAAUAAAAUUGAGACACUUGUUCAUGCUUG